CGAAACUAAGGCUGAAGAAGACAAAUGUAAACAUUUUUGGCAUAAAGAUUUUGGCAUAUCAUUUAUGAUGUCUAAACGUAUUAUCUGAGGAAUUUAAACAAGAUGGCAGAAGUUCAUAUUGUUGGACAAAUUGUUGGAGCUUCAGGGUUUCCUGAUCACAGUCUCUUCUGCAAAUGGGGAGUCAACACAGGAGGGGCUUGGAAGGCAUUAGCUGGAUUGAGAGAAGGACAGACACAAGUGGACAAUCCACAGCAACAUGAUGCUGCCUACUGGGCCCACCCCAUAGAUAUCCACUAUGCAACCAAGGGCCUUCAAGGUUGGCCAAAGAUUCAUUUCCAAGUUUGGCAUCAAGAUUCCUUUGGAAGAAAUGAGCUUUAUGGCUAUGGUUUCUGUCAUGUACCAACAACUCCAGGCAUGCAUGAAAUUGAAUGUCCAACAUGGAGACCUUCUGGAAGUUUCAGAGAACAAGUGUCACAGUAUUUCCUAGGAGGUGGCCCACAACUAAAAAAUCCGGACUUGAUUUAUAGUGGCGCAGAUCGUUACAGACUUCAUACUGUUGCCAUGGGAUCUGUACAUUUAAGACUUGGAGUCAUUCUUAGGAACUUUGACAAAUAUGGGAUCGAAUGCUAAAAAAAUGUUUUCUUCAGAAAAUAAUUUCCAUUCUUUUACAUGUUCUAAUCUCAGAAAAUGUGUAUAGACGCCAUUUAGCAUAUCAAAGGCAGAGUCCAUCAUUAGUUCUGAGGGAGGUGAUACAUUGAUAUGUUGUCAUAUUUUGUA